AUGGCAGGAAUAGGAAACAGCAAUUAUUGGGAAGAUCUACGAAAGCAGGCUAGGCAGUUGGAGAAUGAACUGGACCUGAAGUUGGUCUCCUUCAGUAAGCUAUGUACCAGCUACAACACUUCAAGGGAUGGACGACGAGGAGAUACGUCUGACACCACACCAUUGCUAAAUAACUCCACUCAGGACAGGAUGUUUGACACCAUGUCAGUGGAGAUUGAGCAGCUGUUGGAUAAGCUGACUUCAGUAAAUGACAAGAUGGCAGAGUACACCAAUUCCCCGGGCACAACUUCUUUAAAUGCUGCACUCAUGCACACCCUCCAGAGGCACAGAGACAUCCUACAGGAUUACACACAUGAAUUCCACAAAACCAAAGGCAACUUCUUAGCCAUUCGAGAGCGUGAAGACCUAUUAGGAUCUGUCAGAAAGGACAUUGAAAUGUAUAAAAGUGGUUCUGGGGUGAACAACAGAAGAACAGAGCUGUUUCUGAAGGAACAUGAGCACUUAAGAAAUUCUGACCGACUGAUGGAUGACACAAUAAGCAUUGCCAUGGCAACCAAGGAGAAUAUGACAUCCCAAAGGGGCAUGCUGAAAUCCAUACAGAGCCGGGUGAACACGCUAGCCAACCGUUUCCCAGCCAUCAACAGUCUCAUCCAGCGAAUUAACCUCAGAAAGAGACGGGACUCCCUCAUCCUUGGCACUGUGAUUGGCAUCUGCACCGUUCUUCUCUUGCUCUAUGCUUUUCACUGA